AUGGGCUUGGAGAUCCAAUUUUCAAACGGACAAGUCAAAUGGAUAGACAAGUUCAUUCCAAUGAAGGCUCCAGAUCAUUGGCAAAACCACACAAACUAUUCAAUGGCGUUGGAUUGCGAUGUCCUGGAUAUCUACGAUGAUAAUGAUGUUGAUGAUGCCUUUAUCAUGGACGCGAAAUAUGAUGCUACAUCAGACAAGACUUUUGAUGGUCAACUUGGCCAUUACAAGCAUGAGAAGGUUCACUUGGAGCUCAUUGAAAAUGCACAACCCGUGUUUUCAAAGGCGUAUUCAGUGCCCAAGCAACAUGGACCUGCAUUCCUCAAAGAGUUGAAACAUCUACAAGAGAUUGCAGUCCUUGAACAAACAGGACCGUCAGAAUGGGCAUCGCCAACAUUCAUCAUUCCAAAGAAGGACAGUAGGGUGCGAUGGAUCAGCCAUCUCAGACAGCUCAACAAGAAUGUCAAGCGUAAAGUAUACCCCUUGCCUUUGAUUGAUGAUAUUGUUGCACGUUGUUCUGGCUACAAGUAUUUCACAAAACUUGAUCUCACAAUGAUGUUUUAUUCUUUUGAAUUGGAUGAGCUGAGCAAGAAACUUUGCACAAUAAAUACCCAGUACGGUUUGUACCAAUACAACCGAAUGGCAAUGGGAUUGAAACCAGCUCCUGAUCUUGCUCAAUACUAUCUAGAAAAAACUCUAUGCGACCUAAAAGAAAAAGGUGUUGAAAUUUAUAUUGACGAUGUCAGCCUGUUCUCCAAUUCCUACGAAGAACAUAUGGCCUUGAUCCAAGAAGUGUUGCAGCAACUACAAGCUGCUGGGUUCAAGAUCAAUCCAUUGAAGUGUGAGUGGUGGUGUGUCCAAGUGACUGACUUCUUGGGCCAUUGGUUGACUCCUGACGGUGUCAAGCCGUGGAAGAAAAAGAUUGAUGCCAUUCUCAAGAUGUCAGCGCCUACAAAUGUAACAGAAUUGCGUGCAUUUCUUGGUGCUGUUACCUUUUACCGCCACAUGUGGCCACGCCGAUCUCCUCUUCUCAAACCCCUCACAGAGCUCACAGGCAAAGGAAUGUUUGAAUGGACUGAUGAGUGCGCCAAAGCUUUCGCUGAAAUGAAAGCUAUCAUGGCUAGCAAUAUAAUGAUGUGCUACCCCAAUCCAAACAAGCCCUUUGAAAUCUAUACUGAUGCUCCUGACCACCAGAUGGGCGCUGUGAUCAUGCAAGGAGGUAAACCAGUCGCCUACUGGAGUCGCAAGCUCAAUGCUGCACAAAGAAAUUACUCUGUGAUGGAAAAAGAAAUGUUGGCUGUUGUACAUUGUUUGAAAGAGUUUCAAUCUAUGGUGUAUGGAGCCAAAUUAACUAUUUAA